AUGGCUGAAAUAGCCGUCAAUGCAAUCAUGAAUGUCGCUGAUAUGGAACGACGUGAUGUUAAUUUUGAACUUAUUAAAGUACAAGGAAAAGUAGGCGGUCGUCUAGAAGAUACACUUUUAGUCAAAGGCGUUGUUGUUGACAAAACAUUUUCUCAUCCUCAAAUGCCUAAGGAAGUUCGUGAUGCUAAAAUAGCUAUUUUAACAUGUCCAUUUGAACCACCAAAACCAAAAACUAAACAUAAAUUAGAUAUAACUAAUGUAGAAGAUUAUAAAAAAUUACGCGAAUAUGAAAGAGAAAAAUUUACUGAAAUGAUUAAAGCAAUUAAAGAUGCAGGCACUACUUUGGUUAUUUGUCAAUGGGGUUUCGAUGAUGAAGCAAAUCAUUUACUUCUUUCUCAUGAAUUGCCAGCAGUUCGUUGGGUUGGUGGUCCAGAAAUUGAAUUAAUUGCUAUUGCAACUGGUGGUCGUAUUGUACCACGAUUUCAAGAACUUACAGCUGAAAAACUAGGAUAUGCAGGUUGUGUACGUGAACUUGAUUUUGGCACAACUAGUGAUCAUAUGUUAUGCAUUGAACAAUGCAAAAAAUCAAAUACAUGUACUAUUUUUGUUCGUGGUGGCAAUAAAAUGGUUGUCGAAGAAGCAAAACGUGCAUUACAUGAUGCAUUAUGCGUUGUACGAAAUCUUGUACGUGACAAUCGAAUUGUUUAUGGUGGUGGUGCAUGUGAAAUUUCAUGUGCUAUUGAAGUAGCUAAGGAAGCAAAUCAGAUUCCGACAAUUGAACAGUAUGCUAUUCGAGCAUUUGCUGAUGCACUUGAAUCUGUCCCAUUAGCAUUGGCUGAAAAUAGUGGUUAUUCACCAAUUAAAACUGUAUCUGAUGUUAAAUCGCAACAAAUUGCAGAGAAUAAUCCACGAUUAGGUGUUGAUUGUCUUAAUAAAGGAACGAAUGAUAUGAAAGCACAAUCGGUUAUUGAAACACUUAUUGGUAAACGACAACAGAUCAGUUUAGCAACACAACUUGUACGAAUGAUUCUUAAAAUUGAUGAUAUUCGUUUACCCGGCGAAAGUUUCACUACCAAAGAAGUACAACGUUUGUACAGUCGUUUUAAAACAUUGGAUAAACGUGAUUGUGGAUUUUUAACACGCGAAGAUCUCUUGUGUAUUCCAGAAGUCAAUAUCAAUCCAUUAGGAGAACGUUUAAUCGAUGUCAUUGUGGAAGAUUAUGGUGAAAAUAAUCAAAUUAAUUUUAAACAAUUUAUUUUUCUUCUUGCUACAUUUCGUCGUGGAAAAGCAAAAUCAACAACAGAAUUUAAUACCCGUGAAACUAAACUAAGAUUUUUAUUUGAUAUGUACGACAGAAAUCAUGAUAUGAAAAUUGAUCGAAAUGAAUUAUUAGAAGUUCUUAAAAUGAUGGUCGGUGGAAACAUUCAUGAUGAUCAAAUUGCAACAAUUGCUGAUCAUACCAUUGGAGAAUUAGAUGAUGAUGGUGAUAAAUCAAUAACAUUUGAAGAAUUUUGUAGAACACUCUCACGUAUUGAUGCCGAUGAUAAGAUGAGCAUGAAAUUUUUAAGUUAA